AUGUGCGAUAUUAACAAUAGAAUAAUGUUAAACAUGAAGAUACAUGUUCUAAUUGGUGUCUUGUUUGCCUGCACUGUAACUGGGCUUCCAGUGAAAGAGCAAGUGUUUUCGGACGAUAUUUUUACUUCAUUGGAUUACGAAUUAUUUGAAAAUGAAGUAGCGUAUGUAUACGACGAUAACAAGAACCUGGUAAAGCUGACAUUGGAAGACGACCACGUCGAGCAGAGUGCAUAUAAAAAUGACAGCGAUUUAUCAAAGAGUGUGCUCUUUUAUCUGUACAAAAGAAACAAUCCCAUCAAAUCGGAGCAGCUCUAUGUCGACGACGAAGAUGCUCUUAAGAACAGCAACUUCGAUCUUACAAAACCGACGCGUAUUAUAACUCACGGAUGGAAAAGUUCUGGCAAAAGCGAAUCGUGUAUUUUAAUUCGCGACGCUUAUCUUCAGAUUAGCGAUUACAACAUUAUUAUCAUCGACUGGAGUGCAAUAAGUAGCAUGUCCUAUAUUUCGGCUAGCGGGCGUGUCGCAGUAGUUGGUCAAUAUGUUGCCACUAUGAUUGAUUUUCUCGUAAAGUAUGGAAUGAAUUCGUGGGAAACCAAAGUGAUCGGCCACUCUCUUGGUGCCCAUGUAGUUGGAAUCGCUGCUUACAACGCUAGCACCGAUAUCGGUUACGCCGUAGGACUAGAUCCAGCUUUGCCUGGCUUUUGGUCGUCAGGUUCAGGAUCCAGGAUAUCGAAAGACGAUGCGAAUUACGUGGAGAUCAUCCAUACUAACAGUGGUCUGCUUGGCUACUCAGCACCCAUCGGAGAUAUUGACUUUUAUCCUAACGGCGGUCAAAAGCAAGUCGGCUGUGGGAUGGAUCUUGGCGGCUCGUGUUCUCACGCUCGCUCGUAUCAGUACUUCGCCGAGUCUAUCACUAGUCACGUAGGAUUCCUCGCGAGAAGCUGCGACAGUUUCUCUAAAUUUAAGUCGGGUUUAUGUAACGACACGCACGCAUCUAUGAUGGGUGGUCACAAGUCGCUCUUCAGACCAAGCGGUAUCUACUACCUUAUGACUAAUCCGUCGUCUCCGUUCGCGAUCGAACCGCUCGCGAUGUGACGCUGACGCUGAUGACCGUCGCUUUAUCUAGAAGGAUCGGCCCGAUUGACGAUCAGCCGUCAGCGAGGAUUCUGGAUUUGGAAAUUCAUUGCGGAACAGGAAGGAGAAAUCCGCCGGGCUAAACUCGUUUUUCCCGGCAAUCGAUCGGACGUGUUCACGGUGCGUAAUUUCGUUUCCGCCCGCAGCGGCUGUUUCGAACGCGAGUAUUGUAGCUCUCGUAUCAGGGCAUUUUUAUAUCGUCUAAGCUGGGGGUACAAAUCGUUAAACUACCGGAAAUUGUAGAUGCUACUUAUUGAAAGAACAGACUGGAGUAUCGCGCGACGUUUCGCUUUACCGUCGACCCAAUUACCGGGAUAAACGCAACCACCAUGUAUUUUGCGAAAUACGUCUCGUGUGAUGUAAAACGCAU